GCCGCCACGACGUCAUUGGCCAAUUCGACAUCCACAUCCAUCACAUCCCACAGCAGCAAUGUCGUCUAGAGCGCGCCAUGUGCUCAUCACAGGUGGCAGCCGAGGCAUCGGUCUAGCCAUCGCCCAGGCCUUCGCAAAGCGUGCAUACCGCUGCACGCUCGUCUCGCGCUCAGAAGAGAAUCUCAAGAGCGCGGUUUCUACUCUCGAACCAUCAUCAGGAUCGCAUCGCUAUCUUGCAGGAUCCAUCUCAGCGCCAGACUUCUGGUCGACUACGCACUUCAAAGAGCAGGGCCUUGGUAAGGGCGAGGAUGCGUCGAAGAUUGAUGUAUUAGUGAAUUGCGCGGGGAUCACGCAAGCAAGACUUUUUACAACAACGCCUGCGGAAGAUAUCCAGGACAUCGUCGAUACUAAUCUCACCGCGCUUAUGCUUGGUACUCGGUUUUUGCUGCGUAACAAGUAUCUGUACACGACUAGUAGAUCUCGUUCAGAAGCCGAUGUAGACUUCACGCCUUCUGUCGUUAACGUGUCCAGCCUGCUUGGCUCAAGUGGCGGCUACGGAGCGGUUGCGUACGCAGCGAGUAAAGCAGGGGUGUUGGGAUUUACCAGGGCACUGGCAGCGGAGUAUGUAGGACAUGGGGUGAGGGUGAAUGCGAUCGUGCCGGGUUAUGUGGAGAGCGACAUGACAAAAGGUAUGUUGCGACGUCCAUUCCUUGUGAACAAGAGCUGACGAUACCAGACUUAAAUGCGUCACAACUGA